AUGUUGCUCUCCCCAUUGUCCUUGCUGGCGCUAUGCCUCGCGUCCGCAUCGUCCCCUGUCUCUGCGAUCACAGCAGGCUCUCUCGUGGAUGGAGGGAACAGUCUAAUUAGUGCGAUGAUGUUGUUCGUUGGUAAUGAAGAAAAGGUGUACAUUCUAGACAAGGCGGAGAUGAACGCUGCCGUUAUCAAUGGCCAUCCCGCUUGGGGAGCAGUAUGGGAUAUAAAUUCGCAUAAAACAACUGUGAUGGAUGUGCCGUCCAACGUGUUUUGCGCAUCCGGCAUGCACCUACCGAAUGGAUCAUAUGUUACUUUCGGCGGAAACAACGCGGUCGCACCAGGAGGAGGGCUUGGCUCGCAAGUAUACCCAGGUGGAGGGUCAGCAAGUUGGGACUCGACAUUACAGGAUUUCGAUGGUUCACGAUCGAUUCGUAUACUAAACCCAUGCACCAGUGCCGACAAUUUCGCGUCAUCGAACUGUCAAUGGUUUGAUGACUCGACACUCCUUGCCAUGCAGAAGCAACGAUGGUAUUCAGCGGCAGAGCCUCUCGGCGAUGGCACCGUUGUGAUUAUUGGGGGCUUUGUUCUUGGGGGAUACGUCAAUCGUAUGUACCCCAACACUGACCCACACACAUUCGAAUUUUUCCCUGCCAAGUCUGGUACCCCUCAAGUAAUGCAGUUCUUGAUCAAAACAUCUGGCCUCAAUGCAUACGCUCACACAUUCUUAAUGCCAUCGGGUAAAAUGUUCCUACAAGCCAAUACUUCAUCCAUGUUGUGGGAUGCUAAUGCCAAUGUCGAAACUGCUUUGCCUGACAUGCCCAACAACGUUGUUCGCGUCUACCCAGCAUCUGGUGCGGUUGCCAUGUUACCUCUUACUCCAGCAAACAAUUAUGUCCCAACCAUCCUUUUCUGCGGUGGGCAAGACAUGCCCUCGUACAGCUACGGAGACUAUCGUUUCCCCUACGUUGAGACAUGGAAUCAACCUGCAUCCCGGGAUUGUCAGCGAAUCACUCCUGAACCCGCCGAUGGCUCAGCACCAGUCUACGUACAAGACGACAACAUGAUUGAUGGCCGUACUAUGGGCCAGUUUAUCAUCCUUCCUGAUGGAAAACUCCUUGUUGUGAAUGGUGGUUUGAACGGCACGGCUGGCUACGCUACCUCGACUCUCGUGAAUCCUGACAUGAGCACCAUGCCCUGGGGUAUGUCGCUUGCCUCUGGCCCAGUCCUCACACCAGCCAUCUACGACCCCAACGCGCCUGCAGGGAGUCGCUGGUCUAAUGCCGGUUUGCAGUCAUCCACCAUUCCCCGUCUCUACCACUCCUCCGCCAUGCUCCUUCCAGAUGCAUCCGUUAUGAUUGCAGGUUCCAACCCCAACUCUGAUGUCAAUCUGACAGCCAUCUUCCCAACAACGUACAAAAUUGAAAUAUUUUACCCGCCGUACUUUAACGCAACGAAUCGCCCAGUGCCUUCUGGCGUUCCCAAGACCAUCUCUUACGGUGGAAGCUCUUUUGACAUUACCAUCCCCUCAACUUCAUACACCGGCUCAUCGAACGAUGCUGCAGAUGCGACCAAGGUCGUUCUCAUUCGUGGAGGUUUCACAACGCACGCUAUGAACAUGGGCCAACGCUACUUGCAGCUCAACAACACGUACACAGUGAACAGUAAUGGCGCUCUCACCCUACAUGUCGCACAAGCCCCUCCCAACCCCAACAUCUUCCAACCUGGACCCGCGUUCCUCUAUGUCGUAAUGAACGGCAUCCCGAGUAACGGCACCUACGUUAUCUUGGGCAACGGUCAGAUCGGUACCCAGCCCACGUCAGCUGUGAGCACACUCCCAGAUUCCAUCCGUCUGGCAACCGCAACUGGUGGUGUGCAAGCCAGCGCAACCAGCAGCGCUACUAGCUCCGGGAAUGGGAAUGGAACCGCGUCGCACAGCUCUACGCCCUCUACUGGUACUAUUGUCGGUGGAGUCGUGGGAGGGAUCGCUAUCAUCGGCAUCCUUGGUGCCAUCGUUGCUGUCAUCCUGUCACGCCGUAGAAGAGCCGCCACGCCUCCUUCCUCGACAGCCUACGCUGACAUGGCAAUGAGCACACCCAAAGCCGGUGUCCUCGCAAGCGAUGACGCGUCCGCCUCCCUUCCCCUGCAUCAGACAGACUACAAUCACGCGUGGAACUCGAGCAGCGUCGAUUUCUCUGCUCCGUACAGGGAUGAGGCUGCAUGGCGAGGUAGCUCAGCGGGCGUGAGCAUGGAUUCGUAUGACCCCUACACGCGACCACCGAUGACGCACGCGAUGAGCGAUGCGGGCCCAAUGGGUAGGCAUUCUUAUCAACAGAGUUUCAGCUCGAUGCCUGAGACUCCACCCGCUGGCGCAGCGCCCCCAGCCGCAUAUGGUGGUGGCGGAAUCUAG